AACGAAAAGAAAUGCAAUCACCAUGGUUAAGGAAGGCUUCGGAGGCCUGUUGUUCUUCUGGUUGUUGCCCGAAUCCUUUUGCCGGACUCUCCGAAUGCGGAGCUUCGACUUCAGGGACACCGAGCAAAAGUGCCGCCGCAUCGGUGCAUGAGUUCGAGGCUAGCACGGCUGCUUCUCUUUACCCUAAUUUCCAUUUUACCAACCAUGAAUCCCUCCCUUCAUUUGAGGAAUCAUUUGCAUCUUUCAACAAAGUGUACCCUCAAUAUUCCCAGACGGACCAAGCUGACAAGAUCCGAGCUCUAGAAUACCGUCAUCUGAAACAUAUUGCUUGUUUUGAUUACAUUGGCCAUGAUCUUUUCUCUUAUUCUCAGCCCCAAAAUCAGUUGCUGCCCUCUCCAUUUUUCGAUAUUUCCUGCAAGUCAGUGAACCUGAAUUCCCUGCUUUUAUAUGGUGGUGAAGAGACCGAGCUUCAGUCUGGUAUUAGGAAAAGAAUCAUGGGGUUUAUGAACAUCUCGGAAGCUGAUUACGCCGUGGUUUUCACAGCGAAUCAAGCUUCGGCUUUCAUGCUUUUGACCGAGGCUUAUCCGUUUCGGUCCGGUGAAAAUCUUCUCACUGUUUAUGACCAUCAAAGUGAGGCUGUUGAAGUGAUGAUUGAGAGGUCCAAGAAGAGGGGAGCUAAUGUUAUGUCGGCUUGUUUCUCGAUGCCUAAUCUGUGAAUCCGAUCGGAGAAAUUGAGGAAGAAGAUAGUGAGUAAAGGCAAGAGGAGAGGACUUUUUGUUGUCCCACUUCAGUCAAGGGUCACAGGGUCAAGAUAUUCAUAUAGUUGGAUGAGUUUGGCUCAGGAGAAUGGGUGGCAUGUGCUGCUUGAUGCAUCUGCCUUGGGAGCCAAGGAAAUGGAGACCUUAGGGCUUUCACUUUUUGAUUCUGAUUUCCUUAUUUCCUCCUUCUUCAAGGUUUUUGGAGAAAACCCAUCAGGGUUUUGUUUCUUGUUUAUCAAGAAAUCCACUGCUUGUUCUGUUUUCAAGGAUUCAGCCACAUCCACAAGUGUUGGAAUAGUGAAUCUUGUCCCAGUUUCAAAGCCAACUCCAAUACCUGAAAUCGAAGAAGCAACAGAUGCAGAAACCAUCGAAUCUUCGAGCUCGGAAAUCACCGAUGCCCCUCAGGUCAUUGAAUGUAGAGCCUUGGAGCAUGCAGAUUCAUUAGGCCUUGUGCAAAUCAGCAGCAGGACAAGGAGCUUAAUCAACUGGUUGGUGAACGCAUUGAUGAGCCUACAACACCUACAUUCGGAAAACGGAGUAGCUGCGGUUAGAAUCUAUGGUCCCAAAAUAAUGUUCGACAGAGGCACUGCGGUCGCUUUCAACGUGUUCGAUUGGAAAGGCGAGAGGAUCGAUCCCGCAUUAGUACAAAAGCUGGCUGAUAGGAACAACAUUUCUUUGAGCAUUGCAUAUUUGCAACACAUUUGUUUCUCGGAUAAGCAUGAAGAAGUGAAGGACAAGGAGAAAUUGCAGGUUGUGACAGCUGCAGUUGGGUUACUCACUAAUUUUGAAGACAUAUAUUGGCUUUGGGCAUUUGUUUCAAGGUUCCUGGAUGCUGACUUCUUGGAGAAAGAGAAAUGGAGAUACAAAGCUAUUAAUCAAAAAACAAUUGAGAUUUAGGCCAAACUUAUUAUUCUUUCAUAUGAAUAUUGUUUAAUUUAACCAUUAA